CUCUGUGUGUGUCAGUCUCUGGUGCCCCCUCCUCUCCCCCAACAUGGCGGCUGACCCGGAAGUAGUGGUGGGCCGGUCUGAGUGCGGACGCUGACUCCGCUUUCCUGGGCACGCUGGUGGGAGGGCCGAGGCUGGCAGUGCGGCGGGGCCCGUGUAACGGGCUGCCAGGGGAGGUGUGUGCAGGAGUGCCGGUGUCCUGAGCCAUGGCGCCCAUGGGGAUCCGCCUGUCCCCUCUGGGUAUCGGGGUGUUCUGCCUGCUGGGUCUCGGGGUGCUCUAUCAUGUCUACUCGGGCUUCCUGACCAACCGCCUGUCCGCCUACCUGCUGGGGGACCGGCAGGAGCCUGCGGCCGCGGACAGCAUGGUGGAGCUGCGGGAGCUGCUGGCGGUGGCUGUGAGGGCGGCCGAGCUGGGAGGGGAGGAGGUGACCAGAGUCCGAAAGAGUAACCUCCUCAAUGAGAAACAGAAAGGGAAGACCAAGGAGGGGGCAGACGAUAAGAUGACCAGGGGGGACACGCUGUCCAACAAGAAGAUGUAUCAUCUCAUUAAAAAUGCCUUCCCUGGGGUCCAGGUGAGCAUGGCAUGAUGCCAGCACUGAACAUACAUGUAAUGAGCAUGCUUCUGUAUGUUUCUAAACUCACUGAACAUACAUGUAAUGAAUGCAGCAUUGCUAUCUACAUGUCUGAUUCUGUAUGUUUCUAAACUCACUGAACAUACAUGUAAUGAAUGCAGCAUUGCCAUCUACAUGUCUGCUUCUGUAUGUUUCUAAACUCACUGAACAUACAUGUAAUGAAUGCAGCAUUGCUAUCUACAUGUCUGUUUCUGUAUGUUUCUAAACUCACUGAACAUACAUGUAAUGAAUGCAGCAUUGCCAUCUACAUGUCUGCUUCUGUAUGUUUCUAAACUCACUGAACAUACAUGUAAUGAAUGCAGCAUUGCUAUCUACAUGUCUGAUUCUGUAUGUUUCUAAACUCACUGAACAUACAUGUAAUGAAUGCAGCAUUGCCAUCUACAUGUCUGCUUCUGUAUGUUUCUAAACUCACUGAACAUACAUGUAAUGAAUGCAGCAUUGCUAUCUACAUGUCUGAUUCUGUAUGUUUCUAAACUCACUGAACAUACAUGUAAUGAAUGCAGCAUUGCCAUCUACAUGUCUGCUUCUGUAUGUUUCUAAACUCACUGAACAUACAUGUAAUGAAUGCAGCAUUGCUAUCUACAUGUCUGUUUCUGUAUGUUUCUAAACUCACUGAACAUGCAUGUAAGUGACUGCAGCAAUGUUCAUAAACUCGAUACUUUACCUAUUCCUUUGGGGAGGCUUUUUAGCAGAGCAAGUGACCAGUGAGUUACAAAUGUAAAGCCAAAAUCGUUCAAAUGCAGAAAUGCACCAUACUGGCUAGCAUAUGUCACAUCUGCUGUUCUUCUUAGAUGCUUUACAUAAAACAUGCAAAUUAUUUACUAACCUUUGAAUAGUGUCACAUUAAAAUCAAAAUGGAAAAAAAUAAUAAAAUAGCCAAGCUGUGACUACAUGUCUUUUGGAGAAUUUUUCCAGAUUAAGUUGUGGUUUUUUUCCCCCUAAAUUUUGGUAUUUUGGAUUUUAAUUUGGUACAAUUUUUAUUUUGGCGAAUAGCCCCAAUACCGGAACACCUCCAGUUGCAAUGAUUAACUGUGUGUGAUAAUUCCAUGACAUGAAUUGUCACGUUGAUCCAAUCACCACCCAUGCCAACGUAUUGCAUCUGUGUUAUGAAACCUAUGUUUGCUGUGGGUGUUGAUUAUUAAUCAUGGUAUUUAUGUGUAUGUAUAGAGCCUGAUAAUGUACAAAAAAUGUUAAUUCGAACAAAUGACCAAAAUUCCAACGAAAUAGAAAUGCAGUCGUGAAUUCAUAUUUUCUUUGUGUAUAUUUGCAAUACUAAGUUUCAAAUUGCAUCUGUUAUGUGCCCAUGGUUUGUGAUAUAUGCAUGUGUAAGCAAAUCAAUAUUAAAGAAACACUAUAGUCACCUAAAUUACUUUAGCUAAAUAAAGCAGUUUUAGUGUAUAGAUCAUUCCCCUGCAAUUUCACUGCUCAAUUCACUGUCAUUUAGGAGUUAAAUCACUUUGUUUCUGUUUAUGCAGCCCUAGCCACACCUCCCCUGGUUAUGAUUGACAGAGCCUGCUUGAAAAAUAAAACUGGUUUCACUUUCAAACAGAUGUGAUUUACCUUAAAUAAUUGUAUCUCAAUCUUUAAAUUGAACUUUAAUCACAUACAGGAGGCUCUUGCAGGGUCUAGCAAGCUAUUAACAUAGCAGGGGAUAAGAACAUCUUAAUUAAACAGAACUUGCAAUAAAGAAAGCCUAAAUAGGGCUCUCUUUACAGGAAGUGUUUAUGGAAGGCUGUGCAAGUCACAUGCAGGGAGGUGUGACUAGGGUUCGUAAACUAAGGGAUUUAAUUCCUAAAUGGCAGAGGAUUGAGCAGUGAGGCUGCAGGGGCAUGUCCUAUACACCAAAACUACUUAAUUAAGCUAAAGUUGUUCAGGUGACUAUAGUGUCCCUUGAAGCCUGACAAACUGAAUAGCCCAAACACUUGCUAGAGGAAUCAGAAAGCAUUCUACAUACCUGUGCACCAUUCAUGGGUAUAUAGUUUAUGUUUAUUUAUAUAUAUAUAUAUAUAUAUAUAAUAUAUACAUAAUUAUUAUUUAAUUUUUUUUAAGGGACAGUCCAAACACCAAAAUAGUUUUAUUGUAACAAAGUGAUUUUGAGAUGUAGAAUACUGCCACUGCAGGCUUGCAGAUGACGAGUUUUGCAAUGUAAAUUCCUCUUGAUGGCUGUAUUUUAGACAACGACUUGGAGCUGCCAACACAAUUUGAUUCAAUAAUAGAAUCUGUUUCAUGUUCAGUGUCAGCAUGCAAAGUAUGCUGAAAUUAUUGCCUGUGUGGUGGAGAUCCCCAUUGUCUGUUUUUCCCGCCCCCUAAUUGUCUUGAUAUAAAAUCAGGGGACAGUGCACCGAGACUCUUGGUAACGUAACCCGAACACCCAGCUGUACUGUUUGUGUUGUUUAGAGUGUCACAGUGAGAGCACGCCACCGUCCAUAGGAAAGCAUUGUAAAUGCUUUCCUAUGCGACGGGCUGAAUGCGCGCGCAGCUCUUGCUGCGCGUGCGCAUUCAGCCGGCAGGGCGUAACGGAGGAGGAGAGAAGGAGAGCUCUCCGCCCAGCGCUGGAAAAAGGUAAGUUAUUACCCCUUUCCCCCUUCCAGAGCCGGGCGGGAGGGGGUCCCUGAGGGUGGGGGCACCCUCAGGGCACUAUAUUGCCAGGAAAACGAGUAUGUUUUCCUGGCACUAUAGUGGUCCUUUAAGAUCCUUUAACCUUUCCUUGUAAGUUUUAUCCUGGAAUCCAUGAACCAGUUUAGUAGCCCUUCUCUGAACUCUCUCUAAAUUAUCAAUAUUCUUCUGGAGAUACGGUCUCCAGUACUGCGUACAAUACUCCAAGUGAGGUCUCACCAGUGUUCUCUACAAUGGCAUGAGCACAUCCCUCUUUCUACUGCUAAUACCCCUCCCUACAACCAAGCAUUCUGCUAGCAUUUCCUGCUGCUCUAUUACGUUGUCUGCCUACCUUAAGUCUUAAGAAAUAAUAACCCCUAAAUCCCUUUCCUCGGGUGUUGAGGUUAGGACUCUAUCAAAUAUUCUGUACUCUGCCCUUGGGUUUUACGUCCAAGAUACAUUGUCUUGUACUUAUCCACAUUAAAUGUCAGUUGCCACAAUUCUGACCAUUUUUCUAGUUUACCUAAAUCAUUUUCCAUUUGGCUUAUCCCUCAUGGAACAUCAACCCUGUUGCAUAUCUUAGUAUCAUCAGCAAAAAGAAAUACCUUACCAUCAACACCUUUUCCAGAUAUCACUAAUAAAAAUAUUAAAGAGAAUGGGUCAAAGUACAGAUCCCUGAGGUACCCCACUGGUGACAAGCCCAUGCUUUGAAUACACUCCAUUGACUACAACCCUCUGUUGCCUGUCACUCAGCCACUGCCUUACCCAUUCAACAAUAUUGGAAUCCAAACUUAAAGAUUGCAGGUUAUUGAUAAGCCUUCUAUGUGCAACAGUGUCAAAUGCCUUUUUGAAAUCUAGGUAAGCAAUGUCUACUGCAUCACCCUGAGCUAUUAUUUUAGUUACCCAAUCACAAAAAUCAAUAACAUUAUUUUGGCAUGAUCUCCCUGAAGUAAACCCAUGUUGCCUCUGAUCUUGAAAUCCAUGUGAUUUUUAGAUGUUCAACAAUCCUAUCCUUUAACAUGGUUUCCAUUACUUUCUCCACUACUGAAGUAAGGCUUACUGGCCUAUAGUUGCCUGACUCUUUCCUACUACCUUUCUUAUGAAUGGGCACAACAUUCGCUAACUUCCAAUCUUCUGGGACUCCUGUUAACAAUGAUUGGUUAAAUAAAUCUGUUAAUGGUUUUGCUAGUACACCACUAAGCUCUUUUAAUAACUUUGGGUGUAUUCCAUCAGGUCCCAUUGACUUAUUUGUCUUUACUUUUGACAGUUGAAAUAGAACCUCUUCUUCUGUAAACUCGCAUGUAACAAAUGAUUCCUUUGUCCUUUUUCCUAACUGAGGCACCUUUCCUUAAUUUUCAUCUGUAAAUACUGAACAAAAAUAUUACCGUAUAUACUCGUGUAUAAGUCGAUCUCAUGUAUAAAUCGAGUGCAGUUUUGUGACCAACAAUUGUGAAAUAUGCUAUGCCUCGUGGAUAAGUCGAGGGUAAAACUUGGGGCUAUGAAAUUCUGUGAUUUUUAUAAUUAUAUACACACACACUCAUACAAACACACACUCUGCAUUAAACACACACACUUAUACAAACACACACUCUGCAUUAUAUAUACACACACACUCAUACAAACACACAUUCUGCAUUAUAUACACACACACACUCAUACAAACACACAUUGCAUUAUAUACACACACUCUGUGUAUAUAAUGCAGAGUGUGUAUAUAAUGAAGAGUGAGUGUUUGUGUAGUGUGUGUAAACUGGGUGGGGGGAGGGCAUUUUUAUUAUUUUAAUUUUAAUAUUAUUUUUUUUUAUUAUUUUAAUUUUUUUUUGUCCCCCCCUCCCUGCUUGUUAACCGGUCAGGGAGGGGGGCUAUCUUAAUCCCUGGUGGUCCAGUGGCAUGGGCUGUGAAGUGGGGGGCCGGCAGGAAGCAUUUACUUACCUUUCCUGCAGCUCCUGUCAGCUCCCUUCUCCUCCGUUCCGGUCAGCUCCACUGUAAGUCUCGCGGUCUGGUUGCCGCGCGGAUUGUUGCCACGGCUCUGACGGCCGCGGCUCUCUAAGUUGCCAUAUUACAGACAGUGACUCGAGUAUAAGUCGAGUGGGGGUUUUUAAGCACAAAAAAUGUGCUGAAAAACUAGACUUAUACUCGAGUAUAUACUGUAAUUGAGGCAGUCAGCUAGACUUUUAUCCUCUUCUACAUACCUUCCUUCCUUUUGUUUUUAAUGUAACUAAUCCUUGUUUUACUUUUUUUUUUUUUUCUCAUUUAUGUAUCUAAAAAACGUUUUGUCCCAUUUUUUUUACUGACUGUGCUAUUUUCUUUUCUUUGUGUGAUUUGGAAGCUCUUAUAACUUGCUUAGCCUCUUUCUGCCUAAUCUUAUAGAUAUGGGGUAGGCACUCAAGGUGUCUUUGCACAGCACUCAAGGCUGCUAGAGCCAAACAGGCUCUGGCCUAUCAUGAGUCCCAGUGAAACUUCCGAUAUCUGCUAAUACGAAAAGGACAAUCCUCAAUUUAUGCAUUGCAGCACAUAGAGUAAGUGAUCUCAGGUCCAUUCCUCCCAGCACUUGUGAAUGGGAAUCCACACUGUGGUAGAGCAGCCCACAGCGGAUAUUGCUGCUCCUGUUCUUCACCUGUACCUGGCCAGCCUGGUCUCCACUGGAACCUAGGGAAGCCACCCAUACUACUAGAUAUUCACAGAAAUGCACAAUAACCCUCCCCUCAUACAAAUAAUACAAACAGCCCAUAAACAAACAUACACACAAUCCGCACAAACGUAACCCGCUAACAAUCCACAUACAUGCACACAAUCCCACAUGCAAUACCCCAAACAACCCCACACUACCAAACACACAAUGUGAUAUACCCAUCCACACACACAAUUCCACAAGCAGCCCCAAUACACAGCCCACAUUCAUAUGUAUCAUACACGAUACCACAAACUACUCCUGAACAUAUACAAUAUAAUAGCUCAUAUACGCACAAAUACAAAUAUACAAAGCAAUUACAGUAUAAAUAACACAAGCAGAAUACUGCAGCAUACAGACCUCAAUUUUAAAAAAUAGGACCGGCACGCUACGGGACAUCACAGUGCUGCUAAAAGGUUGCCUACCCCUGUUAUAGAUCAUUGUCUUCCUCACUCUGUUUUUUUUUGUUUUUUUUUUUACUAAAUGCUAACUUUUAGGUUUUUUUUACUAUUUUGGCCACAUCAGCGGAGUACCACAGUGGUUUCUUGAAUUUUUUUGUUUUUACUGACAAGCCUAAUGCAAAUUUCUGUUGCCUUCAGCAGUGCAACUUUUAAAUAAUCCAAUUUCUCUUGGACUCCCUUUAAAUUGCUCCAGUCUGAUAAUGACUCCUUUACACAUAUUCUAAUUUUAGAAAAGUCAGUUUUUCUAAAGUCUAAAACUUUUGUUUUUGUGUAGUGUAACUGUCACUUAUCUUAUAUUAAACCACACUGACUGAUGAUCACUGGAUCCUAAACUUUCACCUACAGUAAUAUCUGAUACUAAAUCUCAAUUUGUCAACACUAAAUCUAGUAUGGCCUCUUUACGAGCUGGCUCCCAAACGACUUGUUUUAGAGACAAUCCCAGUAGGUAGUUUAGAAUUUGUGUGCUCCUGGCACAAGCAGCUAUUUAGUUUUUCUAAUUCACAUCAGGAAGAUUAGUCACCCUUGAAGAUAACUUCCCACUUCAUUGUCAUUUUAGCUAUUGCCCUCAACUAGUACAUUAUCUAACUCUUCUAUUUGUCCUGGGGGCCUGUAAAUAACACCUACACGAGUUACUGUGUGAUUACCAAAUUCUAACGUAACCCAAACUGAUUCUAUGUUCGCCUCACUAACUUUUAUUAGGCUAGAUUUAAUGCUAUCCUUCACAUACAGGGCCACCCCUCCCCCUUUCUUGCCUUCCCUGUGUUUUCUAUAUAAAGAGUACCCUGGUAUUGCUAUGUCCCAAUCAUUUUUCUCAUUAUGCCAUGUGUCCGUAACAGCGACUAAAUCUACAUUAUCAGUUGCCAUUAUUGCCACAAGUUCAUGGAUCUUUUUCCCUAAACUGCGAGCAUUUGUAGAUAUGAAUCUAAGCUUAUCAUUUUUUAACACACUUGCUACAGGCACCUUCUGUCCUCGUUUUGGGGGGCAAUUGGAUUUAUGUUUUAUCACCCUUUUGCCCCCCCCCCCCUAGUUUAAAUACAUCCUAGCAAAACCUCUGAACUGCUCACUGAGAACAUUUGUUCCCUUUUGAGAAAGAUGUCUGUGAGGAUUCUUAUCACCUAUGAGUUGUAAAAAAAUCACUGAAUUUAAAAAAUAAAUAAAAAUGUUUUGCUUUUGAAAGUGCAAAGCGACCGAGUGACUCCUCAGCAUCCCUCCCCAUAUCGCUUAUUCCCUUUUUCUGCUUCUCAUGUCAUAUCCAAUUACUGGCCUUGUUUUUUUACAGGUGAACACUGAAGAGGCGAUUGAAGCUGAUGAUGAAGAUUCUGUUUCGUGGAAUCAUGAUAUUCCUGCAGAAAUAAAGGAGAUCAUACAAAAUCCAAGCCCAGUACCCACUGAUAGCAUUACUAUUUGGAUAGAUCCUCUGGAUGCAACGUAUGAGUAUACAGGUAAACGUUCUAGGCAACAUAAACAUUUCUACAUGCACACGAACUGAUAUAUACACUGAUGAAGAGGUUGGUCACGCAUUGUAUUAGCUACAUGAGUAAAUGUAUUAAUAGAAGGCAUGAAAUGGGGAUGAUAUUAAAAGAUAGGUCAGCUGCAUGUGCAGUCAAACCAUUAAAAGGACAUAUACUACUUCGUAAUAGCUUAAUGUAGUAGUAUUUGUGCCUAGAUGCUGCCCCUGAACUCUGCCAGAUCUAAGCACGGCCAUGUUAUUUCUCAAACACAAUGCUUCUAAUGACUGUCAAUCAAAAAGGUAUAGUUACAUCGACUGAAAAAAAGACAGUGUCAGCCUUUCUCACAUCUGUUUUCCGGUUGAUCUUAAAGAAAGCAAGAACCCAGUUUGCAGCAUUUUCCAAUUUUGCAACAAAAAAAAUCCUUCUUGACCCAGGAAUGACAGAUCUCUCCUUGGAUCAAAAAACCCAUUACCACACUUAAAAAUAAAUAAAUUUAUAUCCAUGAAUAUCAUACUUUUUGAAAAAAUUUACCCAGUUUUUGUUUAAAUAUCCGUACAGACUCUGAUAAAACCACAUAUUCAGGCAGAGAAUUCUACAUCCUUAUUGAUCUUACUUUACCAUUUACUUUGCCUUAGGCUCUGUCUCCUUUAUUUUAGUCUAAAUGAGUGACUUUAAAUAAAUUGGGAGAAAAAAAAACAUCACAUCAGUUAUUUGCUAUGACAAUGAUACAAUAAUUGAUGGGAUCUACACCAACACAUUGCAUCUUUACUUUGUGAAUAAUUCUCUAAAGUCCAAAUAGUAGUAACUCUACUGAAUGGAAAGAUUUAGGCAAACCUAUCCAAGUUGUGUUUAUGUCCUGUUUGCGUGCAAAGCUGUUAUUUGUAAUUCAGAGUUCGGUAAAUAAACCUCUUUGUUCCUACCUGAAGUAACAUUAAACAUUGCGCAAGAAUAAAAGUAACUAGGCUCUCCAACACUCCAUUUUACAUUAUAUAACUCUUAUGUUAUGUAACUGAGUAAAACAUAAGUCCACAGCUUAUUUAUAAUUGAUUCUUAACAUGUUAAUUAGUUGUAGAGGUAAAUAUUUUCUGCAGUGGUGGCACCUAAAAAAUAUUUUAAGAAACACUCUGAGGACCAUUACCACUACAGUUUGUUGUAGUGGUUAUGGUGACAAAAGUGCCCUGAUACCACACCAUUGUAAGUAGUUGGACCGUUUCUGAACCGUUUUACUUCUUACCUGGGUUUUGCUAGAUGCCACUCUCCAUUUGAAUGAUGGAGAGCCGCAAAUUCUUUGUCUGAGCUAAGCUCUGCAGUGCUGUUUAUUGGCUGAAAGCAAUAAACCGAUUUAUAUUGUAUUUCACAAGAUAUGUUACUCAUGAUGGGGUGAAAAAAAACCCACAUUAUAAACAUACAAGAUAAACAAACUUCUAAUGCAGGGUCUUUCUUAUUAUGCACAAUUGUAUCAAAUUGAUACUCUCAACCUUGAUUAAGAAUUGAAAAAAGGAAAUUUUACAAUACCAGGAUUAUUUAUUUAAAACAUAUGUGAAAACAUUUACAGAUUCUGUGUGUGUGUGUGUGUAUAUAAAUAUAUAUAUAUGUGUGUGUGUGUGUGUGUGUGUGUGUAUGUAUGUGUGUAUAUAUAUAUAUAUAUAUAUAUAUCUCUAUCUAUCCCCAUCCAACUACCGCCCUGUCUCGCUACUGCCAUUUGCCUCCAAGAUCCUCGAGAGAGUUGUGUACACCAGACUGACUGACUUUCUCGAAACCAACUCUCUGCUUGACCCCCUUCAGUCUGGAUUCCGCGCUGGUCAUUCUGUCGAAACGACUGUGAUCAAAGUAUCCAACUAUUUAAUUGCUGCUAAAUCUCGCGGCCAUUACUCUAUCUUAAUUCUCCUUGAUCUUUUUGCUGCCUUUGACACUGUUGAUCAUCAAUAUCUUCUUCGCAUUCUCCGUAAUUUUGGUCUACGGGAUACUGCUCUCUCCUGGUGCUCCUCCCACCUCUCCCAGUGCUCUUUCAGUGUUUCUUUCUCUGACUCUGCCUCUUCCCCCCCCAACCACUCUCUGUUGGCGUCCCCCAAGGUUCUGUCCUUGGUCCCCUAAUGUUCUCUAUCUACGCUGCCUCCCUUGAUAAACUCCUCAGCUCCUUUGGCUUCCGUUAUCAUUUCUAUGUGGAUGACACGCAAAUCUACCUGUCCUCUCCUGAUCUCUCUCCGCCCAUCUUGACUCGUGUCUCUGACUGCCUCUCUUCGAUUUCCAAAUGGAUGGCUGCUCACUUCCUUAAACUCAACCUGUCCAAAACAGAACUUCUGGUCAAUGGCGCUACCAUCAGCUCUACCUCGCAGGCUCGCUGCCUGGGUGUUCUUUUUGACUCCAACCUCUCCUUCACCCCUCAUGGCCAAUCAAUCGCCAAAUCCUGACGCUUCCAUUUCAAAAACAUAGCGCUCAUCGGCCCCUAUUUAACCCUGGAUGCGGCUAAGGUGCUGGUCUAUGCUCUUGUUCUCUCUUGCCUGGACUACUGCAAUACUCUUCUCAGUGGUCUUACGUGUUCCCAGAUUGCACUGCUGCAAUCUAUAAUGAAUGCGGCGGCGAGGCUCAUUUUCCUGUCUGCCCGCACCUCUCACGCCUCCCCGCUCUGUCAAUCCCUGCAUUGGCUUCCAGUUAGAUAUAGGGCUCAAUUUAAAAUUCUGGUGCUUGCUUACAAUUCCCUACAUAAUGUUGCUCCAACCUACCUAUCCUCCCUAAUACACAAGUAUGUCCCGGCUCUGCAAAAGACCAACGUAUGUCCUUUGUCCGUACUCCCACCUCUAACGCUCGCCUCCAAGACUUUUCCAGGGCUGCACCUCUUUUGUGGAACUCCCUUCCCUUCUCUGUAAGAAUUUCACCCAGUCUCCACUCAUUCAAAAAAUCAUUGAAAACUCACUUCUUCAAGAAAGCAUAUCAAUUAAACUGUAAGCAGGUUUUAAUCCCCCACCCUCCAUGACUCCUCUCCUGCAACUGUCAAAAAUUACCUGCUAAGCCCUCAAUUAAUACUUUUCUAACAACCUACUUCUUACCCCUACUUUUACCCUUUGUGUCACUAUAACCCACUCCCUCUAGAAUGUAAGCUCAUGGAGCAGGGCCCUCCACCCCUCUGUUCCUGUACGUCCAGUUGUCUGGUUACAAUUACAUGUCUGUUAGUUCACCCAUUGUACAGCGCUACAAAAUCUGGCGCUAUAUAAAUAAUAAAAUAAUAAUGUGUGUGUGUGUAUAUCUAUCUAUAUUGAAAAAAAUAUAACCGGGCUCAAAAUUUCCACUCUCCAAAAUUCACCCCUAGUGAGCAUACUGUGGUUUGCAGUGGCAAGUAACUUAAAGCUGUAUUCCUGGCACUACCGAUCCCUCUGCCUCACCCUUCCUACCAGGUAAAUAAAGACCCUUUAUUUGCUUACCUUAUCCGUCGGCGCUGGGUCAAAGCUCUGUCUCCUCCGACGUCCCGUGACGAGCGAAGGCCACGAGUGUACUAGACCCCCCCCCAUAGGAAAGCAUUGAAUCAGUGCUUUCCUAUAGGGGAAAAAAUCUGACACUGAUAUCCUCAUGCAGAACGUGAGGACAGCCACAGAGGGCAGACUUAGGGUUGCAAUGUAAACUAUGUUCAAAAGGGACACAGCACCCAAACCAUUUCAAUGAGCAGUGUCCCUUUAAGUUUUGGCUAGUAGCAUAGGAUAUUUGAUCUGAGUUAUAAGGUGCUUGCAAUUUUUUUUUUUUUUUUUGUCCCUUGACUGCUUCUGUAGGCAAAGAAAAGCAAUUCAAGUCUGCAGAAGCACAUGAUAAAACAAACAAAAAAAGAUUUAUCAGCAAUUCAUUUUGGGUAUUUAAGCACAUGAAGGAACUGACAGGGUUGUUUACUGAAGUGAGAAUUCAAGGUGAUUUAAAAUUUAAAAUCAAAUUAGCCAAACUGGAAAAAAUUUCUAAGUCAACUAUGCUUCUAGUUCUGCUAUUCUGAUCUUAAAUUUGAAAAUCACUUUAAAUUCUCAACCUGUGAGUAUUUUUGUGAAUAAAUUCACACCUGAAAGUAUUUGAAGCAGUCAUGAAUCCUGUUUUAUUGUACUGAUUCUUUUUAGUAGCUUUUAAAGGGACACUGUAGUCACCAGAACAAAUACAGCUUGUGUCCUGAGAAAAGGAAGUGUUCACAUUGCUGCCUAUGGCACCUCCAGUGGCAGUCACUCAGGCGGCUGCUAGAGGCGCUUCCUGGGUCAAUGCUGCAGAACGUGUAGCACUGACGUUAAACGUCUUUACAUUCUGAAUGGAGGCACUGAACUUUUCCCAAAGAGAUGCAUUAAUUCCAUGCAUCUCUCUAAGGAGAUGCUGAUUGGCCAUUGAUUAUGGCAGAUUCCUUUUAAGGAAUACUUUUUAUCUGCCUUUCCAAGCCCCAUUACUGAUUUUAGACACACAAUGUACUUAUUCUCCAAAACUUGUUAUUAGAUUACAUAAACAAAACCUUUUUUGGCCCUCUUAUUAAAUUUUCUAACCACCCAACAAUGAUUUAUUUUCAGUUAUUUGUUAAAAAAGAGUAUACAUGUCAAAUGUUCUGGUGGCUUCUCGUCUGGUGAAUAACAUACUAAAAUAUGAAAACAAGUUUCUACUGUAAAAAUGCAAAAACUGUUGAAGUGCCCUAAGGUAUAACAGAAGUUAAAAUAGUACAGUUGCCUCAUGCUUGGCUAUUCAUACCUACGUAGCAUUAAAAUUCUAGGAAUGAUGAAAAUAUAUGUUUAUUUUUUUUAGUCAUCUCUUUCAGUUCAUCAGAGAUGGGCAAGCUCUACGGUCAAAUCUAAGGAGAUGGUGUUUGUGUGUCAUAUUCUAAAUAGUUGAUGUGAACGUGCAGCCAAUUACAGUAGACAAUAACCAAUAUCUACACCCACACAGACAGUUUAUCUAUCUUUCUAAUUUCCUUUUUACUACUUGCUUACAACUCAGAUGCAUACACACUUACACAGUUAAAUAUUCACACUCACGCACUACCUUUCAAGCUGCUGAUUAUCACUCUAUAAAAAUAAAGGCUAAGAGGCGCUUAGGCUGUAUAUUACAGGGUGACAUGCUCCCCAAGUUUUGAAGAUAAACCGAGAUAAUGGGGUGACAUGCUCCCAUAUCGGGCCUUUUUGCCAGUGAUGUGGGACACUGUGUUAUGGGGUAUCAUGCACCCACGUUUGCCCUCAGACUCUUUCCUGCCUAUCUCUUAGUAAUACUCUUAGAUUCCCAUUGUACAGUGCUACGGAAUUUGCCGGCGCUAUAGGAAUAAUAAAAUAACUGUUACCCAACCACCCCCUUUGUCUUACUCACAGCAUCCACUGUCAGUAUUGCUGACUGACUCCCCCUCCACCUUUACUCUCCUGUACUCUCUCCCUCCCACUCUCUCAGGAUUUAGCACAGACCACCCUCACUCACAUCCAUGAGUACUCUCCUGGAUGCUGCUGUCUCUCCUUUCUAAUAUGUUGCUCCCACACAGACUAGCCCACCACUGGGCCUCCAACUCUGUUUUCUUUAUCAUUGCUCUCUAUUGUCCCUAAUACUGGAGAUUGCUCACACAGCAAAUUCCCUUUGCUUUGCAUUCAGUGUGCCCAUGGUUUCCUAGCAGUAGUAUUUGCUCUGGGUCUUCCACCCUAGAUCCUCCACAGCUGUCUGUAAAUCUAUGUCUUUAGAUUUGUUUUUUCUAUUGUAUGUUUUAAUUGAAUCUAUUAUCUUUUCAGAGAAUCUUGUUCAUUAUGUCACUACAAUGGUGUGCGUUGCUGUAAAUGGCAAGCCAGUUAUCGGUGUAAUUCACAAACCAUUCACAGGCUAUACUGGUGAGUGACUUUUUUGUUUUAAUUUUUUUAUAUAAAUUUGUUCUAUCUAUAGAAAAUAAGCUUUUGUAAAGAGUCUGUCAUGUAUGAGUGCUAGAUGAUAACCUGGUUAGAAUGUAGCACACCUUAUGCCUUCUGUUGAGCGGGAAGUUAAAGAGAGGAAAUGUUCAACCUUGGGAAUUUAUAAUGGAGGUUUAUAAAAUGGGAGUACAAGGAGAGUUUAAAUUAACUUAAUAUCAUGCAGGGAGGAAAUGAAGAAUGCAAAAUUUGUAGCUAAUUGUGGAAAAGUGAUAGAUUGGGAUCACCUCUGUCAUUAUGGAAAGUAUUGGGGGUUAUAACAGGAGUAUUUGAGUGGCGCAGGUAAGUUUAUGUAAGGAUAUUUGGGUUUUGUCUAUCGAGGCAUUUUGUUUUCUGUUACAAUCCUGGGACAUCAUUUGACAAUCAAAUUCCUUCAGCAGAUGCCACUUUUGGUUUUAGUUUACUCUUCUGAUGGUACUUGUCUUUGCACUGUAAACUCUGACUCCGAAUUCAUGUAUUAGAUGCAAAUAUUCAAUCACUUUGUAUAAUGUAUAUUACAAGUGAAUUUUCUUUCUAGACCACAAAGGUGUGCAAGAUCGUAGGCGGCAAAUGGUAGUAUUACUGUCCUAAUAAUGGUAGCCACCCAUGUAGAGCAUAUUACCACCAUUGCUUUUAUGUCUAAUUUGAUGAAAGGCAACAUGAUUGUGUUAAUUUUUUUUUUUUUUUUUUUUUAGUAAAAUGGAGAGGUUUGUGUUUAGCUUAACUGAGAAAACCUGCAUAAUUAAUUUUUUUCUUAAAAAUUCAAUAAGCAUUUGUAGGAGACUCACUGUCAUCUUUUGUUAACAGACUGCUUAUUUAUUUUUGCGAAAGUCAGUGUUGGAUAUUACAUUACAAAUAUUUCACUCUUUUCCUUGACUAUGUUCAUUGUGAUUCCUCUCAUUCCGCAGCUUGGGCGAUGGUAAGUGGUGGCUCAAACAUACUAAGACGUAGGUCGUAUAACCUGAAAACUCCAACCAUCAUUGUGUCCCGUUCUCAUUCUGGGGUGGUGAAAGAAGUAACCCGUGAAACAUUUGGUAACAAGACCGAAAUAAUUUCUGCCGGAGGAUCAGGUAUGACAUUCACAUAGAAACCUGGCUUACUAAAGCCAAUAAUUUGUUCUUUAGCAAUGAAACGUUUUAUCUGUAUAUGUUCAUGUGUUUCUGUGUGUAUGUAGAGCAGCAAAACCUGUCUGUGCAGAAAACUGAACAUUUGAUCCCCAGGGGGAAAGCAACAUGUUUGUUCUUGAUAAUUGCUGCUUUGGUCACUGAAAGUUUUGUUUUUGUAGCGUAUGCCGAUCCAUUAUCUACUGUGUAUUGGGAAAUCAAUUCUCUGUUCAUUGUUUAUGUAGCACAUAAACACAUUUAUAUUUCUAUUAAAUGUAUACAUAUGCACUACAUUACUUUAACUGAUGUAACUGGUUCCAACUCAUAUAUAUUUAAAUUUAAGCUAAAAUGCAAUUUCUUCAAAUGAUUUAGAAUUCUAGCUUCCCAUUUAACCAUUUUUGCUAUGCUAGUAUUUACUAUUCUCCCCCUUAUUUCUGUCCUUAUCCUUUAAUGUUCUAGGCCUUCUCACCUGACCUUCCUUCAUUGCUUUCCCCCCUAAUUUGCACCCUUUUUAUGGCAGUUUUCCUUGUCUUUCCCUUCUAUUUGCCCAGCAUACCUCUAGAGCGUUAUGGUGGGGAAGAAUUGAUUGAAAACCCCUUCCACCUGAAGUCAGUGGAUAGCUAAUAGAUUGUUAAACGCAGAUCUGCACACCAGUAAAGCCAUAAGACUUGCUUCUCCCACAGAGUUUUUAAAUUUCUUCCUGACUGCUCUAGUUUGCUUUAAAUCUUAAGACAAAAGUAGGGGCUAUUUGUCUUAUGGAGGUGUCCUAUGCUUGACCAGCAGAGAAACAAAGUGUGCUCCAUUUCCUGUGGUCAAUGCAAUUAUCCCCCAAUUCUCACCUUUCUUCCCUGAUCUUGCGAUGCUUCCUGAUAGUAUUCUCGAACAUCCUGUCAUUUUACACAGAACGAAACUAUCGAAUUUCAUCCUAACAGAAUGAGAACAGUUUCUCCAUUCAUGUUAGGACGCAAUUCGUGACUUUAUUAGAAUCCGAAUUUCAUUCAAAUUAAUGAAACUACGAUCCUAUUCGUACCGCGAAUGCAUCUUGCAGCCGCUUAGUAGAUAGCUCUCUAAUUCCCACGGUCUUAGGAAGUUAUCUACCAAAAGGCUGAAAGACCUAGAUUGGUCUUUCAGCCAAAUCUACUAAUAUUAAGUAAAGAUUACUUAGUAUUAGUAAAUUCUGCCCAUACUCGCUAUAUCGCGAGUAGGGACAUGUUUACUAAACAGUGAGCAAAAAACCUGUUUAGAAAACAAAACAAAAGAACACCCUAGUGUCUCCCCACUCGUGCCGCGCGAGUGGUGGCUAUUAAACUGAAGGGGGACCUAUUGCCCUCCCCGGCCCCCACCCAUGAGUAGCGGGUGGGGGCCCUAAAUGACAAUGGGGGGACCUAUCGUCCCGUCCCCCCCCCGUGUCUCACCCAUGAGCGGCGGGUGAGGACCCUUAAUUACAAUGGGGCGGGGGACACCUAUUGUCCUCCCCCGGCCCCCACUCAUGAGUGGCGGGUGGGGGCCCUAAAUUAAAAAUGGGGGGGGGGCCUUUUGUCCACCCUGCCCUCAUCCAUGAGCGGCGGGUGGGGGCCCUAAAUUACAAUAGGGGGGGACCUAACCUAUUGUCCUCCCCCUGGGCGGCAGGUGGGGCCACUAAAUGAAAAUGGGGGGGGAAACCUAUUGUCCUGACCCCACUCAUGGGCGACGGGUAGGGGCUAAGUGUAAAAUUACUCCCCCCAAACCCCCCCACCAAAAUAAAAUUAAAUAAAUCCCUACCUACCCCCCUCACCUUAAAAAUAGUGAGGGGGAGACAAUAAAACCAAAUACCUGGGGGGAAAAAAAUCAUACUUACCAUUAGAAGUCUUCUUUUUUUUUUUUUUAGCUCCCAAAAAAGGCCAAAUAAAAAAAAAACAUAAUACCCGUCAAACUUAUAGAAAAACAAAACAAACAAAAAACCAGAGCAAAAAAACCCAAAAUCAGCUGGAAGCCCCCCACCCAAUGCUAAAAAUGUAUCCAUCUUCACCCGGCAAGAGCACGGCGCAGACUGAACUCCGAAGGGCGUGGAAAGGCUUAUAAAGCCUUCCCACGCCCUGCAAUUUGACUCAGAGCACUCUGAUUGGUUGACUUGGAAUCCAACCAAUCAGAGUGCUAGUUAUUUUACAGUUCUUUGGAAUUUUCCCACGCUGUGUAAAAUGACUCAGUGCAAUUUGAUUGGUUGGAUUCCAAGCCAGUUAGUUAACAAGCCUUGCUAGUUAAUGCUUCACCAUGGGGCCCUUUGUUGGAAGGGGGGUGGGGUUAUUUUUACAACAGUGAGUACUAGGAAUAGACCGAUUAUCGGUUUUACUGAAAUAAUCGGCCGAUAUUCGGUAUUUUCGGCAAUAUCGGUAUUGGCCAAUUCAGAUACCGAUGUUGCUGAUAAUACCUCCUUGGACCGCCAGGCUCAUUACAAACUCGGCAGCCCUGGGGGGGCGGGCAGCAAGCGCUUACUCACCUACCAGCAGCUCCCAAGUGUAAAUCUCGCGAGACCCGGCAUGCUGGCCGCGAGACUUACACUUGGGAGCUGAAGGAGCUGCUGGGAGGUGAGUAAACGCUUGCUGCCCGCCCCCCCACAACUCAGCCAAUGCCACUGGACUGCUAUAUCCCCCCUCCCUGACCAGGCAACAAGCAGGGAGGGGGGACAACAAAAAUAAAUAAUAAUUAAAUAUAAAGAAAUAAUAAUUUAAUAAAAAAUGCCCCCUCACACACACACUCCAUUAUACACACAUACACUAUACAAACACACUGUGUAUAUAAUGCAGUGUGUUUGUGUAGUGUGUUUAUAUAAUGCACACUACACAAACACACUGCAUUAUAUAUACACACACUAUAUAAUGCAGAGUGUGUGUGUGUUUGUAUAAACACACUACAUUCACUAUACACACACUACACAAAUACACAGUCUGCAUUCAUUAUAAACACACACUUAGCAUUUAGUAUACAGCAUUCACUUUACGCACACUACCCACACACUACACAAACACUCUGCUUUCAUUAUAUACACACACUGCAUCCACUACACACACACUACACACACACAUACUACACACACACACACUGCAUCCACUACACACACACUACACAAACACACACUGCAUCCACUACACACACACACACUACACACACACACACUGCAUCCACUACACACACACACUACACAAACACACACAGCUCCUCUGUCUAAACACACUGCAUCCACUACACGUGGCGUGUAUAUUUUGUGCAUUUAACCUUUAGAAAUAAUUUUUAUUUUCCAAAAUGGUAAAUGUACAGAAUAUCGGCAAAUUAUAUUGGCUAUCUGCCUGAAAGUUCACAGAGUAUCGGUAUUGGCUCUAAAAAAUCAAUAUCGGUCGAUCCCUUGUGAGCACCCACAGGCUGCUCACUGUUUAGUAGACAUGCCCCUACUCGUGGCAUUGCGAGUAGGGGCAUUCGGGAGAUUUCAAUCUCUAAUGCUUAUAUGGGGGAUCAUAUUGACCCUCAUAGAGUAAGGGAGGACAUGGGGGCGGGGGAGCUUAGGAAGUGGCGGGGUGCACAGCUAUUACUAUUAUGUUUCCGACCACAAAUAAAUAUUUCCAUAUAUAUUUGUGAUCGGAAACAUAAUAGUAAUAUGCGUGAUAGGAAUCAAAGAGCAGUGUUUUUGGAGUAAAAAAAAACACAUUGCAGUUUGGGAGAAUGGAGUAGAAAGAGUGGGGCUUGUGGAAUACAGCAAAUUAUAUGAUGGAAAUAUUCAUAAGACAUACCAAUUCACCUGGUGAGGAUGUAGCGUACCCAAACUGUCCGCAUAUGCGCGGUAUGAGCUUUCGCGAGCUGAGCUGACUGACAGCUCAGCUCCAUGUCUAUGCCCGCAACCCUCCAGCCCAAUGUAUAAAGUAUACAAAAACUAUAUAUAGAGAGAUCUCUAUAUAUAGUGUUUGUACACAAACACACACAUUGAAAAUAAAAAUUGUUGAACAUACACACACUAUCUAUUUCUUUCAAUUUAAUACUAUCUAUCUAAUACUAUCUAUCUCUAUCUUUCUCUCACACUCACUCUCUCUCACACUCUCACCCACACUCACAAGAUAAGUUUACUUACGGUUUGGAUCCUCCUGCUCAGUCUUUUGCCUGUCAGCCAGAUGCGCUGUGUGUCUUAUCUCCCCAAACUGUCGGCUCUGAUUGCUAACAGGCUCCGGGGUUAACUACAGGACACAGUAGGCGCUUUCACAUUGACUCCCUUCUCCUGAUAUCACGUUUGAUGUAUUCACCCAAGCGUGAAGACUUGAAACGUGAUGAAUGCGAAUUAGACCGCUCUGAAGUCCCUCUGGUGGACGUCUGAGUAACUGCCACUGGAGGUGUUCCUAGCUUCCAAGGUAAACACUGUAUUUUCUCAGAAAAUACAGUGUUUACAUGAGAGAGGCUGCAGGGACCUAUUCUCACGUGAACAACCUCAUUAAGCUGAAGUUGUUCAGGUGACUAUAGUGUCCAUUUAAGUAAUUUAAAAACCUCUCUGCAAUCCAAGUUGCACUAGACACUCAGCAAGGAGAAUCCUUCCUGUUGCUGUUGUUACUCAUUAAAUUGUCUAUAUUUACCAAGCCUACUUUGGUCCAAUUUUGCACGUUGAAGUCAAGCAUAUUAUAAGUUAAGUGCAUUAAAGGAAGGCAUGUAAUACUUUUUUCCUGGAGUGACAUGUCUCUUUUAAAUUUCUCCAAAUAGGACACAAUGUUACGAAUUAAAUUAUCAGAUUUCAUUUUUAGCAAACAUUGCUUUCUAUCCUUAAUUAACCAAAAUAAAGGAAAAUCGGUUUUACUGCUAUUUGGUAUUUUCGGCAAUAUCAGUAUCGACCAACAUAGAUACCGAUAUUGCCGAUAAUAUAUACCAGGACCACCGGGCCCAUUACAAGCCCGGCUGUCCUGCGGGGCCGGCAGCAAGCGGUUACUUACCUUUCCAGCAGCUCCCUUCAUCUCCCAUGUCAAAUCUCGCGAGUCCAGCGGCCGCAGUGCGUUGCCAUGGCACUAAGAGCCGCGAGAUUUACACAGGGAGCUGCCGGGAGGUAAGUAACGGCUUGCUGCUGGCCCCCCACAGUGCUUAACAAGCCACCGGACCACCAGGGAAUACUAUAUUCUCCCUGCCCCCCCCCUUCCCUGCUAAAAUAAAAUAAAAUACCCCCUCCACUCCAUUUUACACAAAUUACAUCUCUACACACACACACACACACUGCAUUAUAUACACACACUACACAAACACACACUCUGCAUUAUAUACACACACACUCUGCAUUUUAUAUAUAUAUAUAUAUAUAUAUAUAUAUAUAUAUAUAUACACACACACACACUCUGCAUUAUAUACACACACUCUGCAUUAUAUACACACACUCUGCAUUAUAUAUAUACACACACACACACACACACUCUGCAUUAUAUAUAUACACACACACACACACACACUCUGCAUUAUAUACACACAUACACACACACUCUGCAUUAUAUACAUAUACACACAUUAUACGCACACACACUCUGCAUUAUACACACACACACUCUGCAUUAUACACACACACACUCUGCAUUAUACACACACACACUCUGCAUUAUACACACACACACUCUGCAUUAUACACACACACACUGCAUUAUAUACACACACACACAAUGCAUUAUAUACAUACACACACUCACUCUGCAUUAUAUACAUACAUACACUCACUCUGCAUUAUAUACACUCACUCUGCAUUAUAUAUACACACACACUCUCUGCAUUAUAUACACACUACACAAACACACACACACUGCAUUAUAUAUACACACAAUGUAUUCACUUUACCCACACCACACACACUGCAUUUACUAUACACACUACACAAACACACACUCUGCAUUCACUAUAUAUACACACACUACACAAAUACUCACUGCAUUCACUAUAUAUACACACUACACAAACACUCACUGCAUUCAAUACACAAACACACACAUCUCCCCUGUCUAAACACACUUCAUCCACUACAUGUGGCAUGUAUAUUUUGUGCAUUUACCUUUAGAAUUAGUUUAUUUUUUCAAAAUGGUAAAUGUACAGAAUAUCGGCAAGUUAUCAGCCUGAAAGUUAAGAUUAUCAGUAUCGGCUCUAAAAAAAUCAAUAUCGGUUGAUCCCUAAUUUCAUAUAAUUGUUCCACUUUGGCACUAUCUGAUUGAGUAAUGGAGACGUGUGAUAAGGUGCAGGCGUUCUGGUAGUUCCUUUGCUGGGGUACAUCCAGACCACCCAACUUGACUUUUAGGGAGAGGCGAUUUGACAAAUUUGUGGGCACUUCCCCAACCAGAGUAGUUUAUUAAAAGUGGACUCAGCCAGCAUCAUCCAGCUGUCUGGACAAGGUAGAGAUACCAUGCGAAAAAUGUAUACCCAUUUUGGGGGACUAUAAGACUUUACAGUAUUGAUUCUCAACCACAAUGAUACAUACCUAUUUUUACACUCAUUUAGCUUUUUAAAGCACAGUCAAAAGCAAAUUUUUCGGUGAUUGAUCCUUUAAGACAAGUUAAGUGAAAUGAAGCAUAUUUAUUGAGGUUCAGUUUAUAUCCUGGGUACAGUAAAAACUCCUCUUUGGACAACAUUAAUUCAUUCAUAGAUUUCAGUGGGUUACCAAGGGUAAGUACCAGUUCAUUUGUGAACAUGGUGAAUUUAAUGCAAUCACUUAAAACAUGCAAGCCUUUAAUUUGAUCAUUAGCCCUUAUUAACCAUGUUAAUGGCUCAGUUGCCAUAAGAUAUAAAAGUUGGGAGAGUGGGCACCCCUGCCUGAUCCCAUUCUUUUGAUGGAACCAGUCAGAAGAAAAACACUCCCAACUACUCUGGCUGUCGGAGAGGUAUAUAGAACCAUUAUAGAUCUAGUAAUAGUAUCACGAAGACCAAAUGCUUCCAGGGCUAACCCAAGAUAAUCCACCUGACUGUUGAAGACUUUUUCAGCCUACAACAACAGAGCUUGGAGGGUCACACCUGUCCUGUGAGCCAUAUCUACAAUAUCAACAGGUCUCCUAAUGUUAUAUAUCAGGUACCUAGUUGCCACAAACCCAACUUGGUCAUAAUGUAUAAUAUUACUUAAUCUGGCAGGAAUUACUGAUGAGCAAACUUUUAUAUCCACAUUUAACAAUGAAAUGGGCCUUUCACAUUUCACUGGGGAUCUUACAUGCAUGUUUACUUAUUUUAUUUGUAGAGUUGUUUAUGUUAAACUACACACGAAUGGAGAUUUUUAUUUUUAUUUUAGGUUAUAAAGUUCUUUCAUUGCUUGAUGUGAAAGAAGAGAAACAAGAACACGCUGAUGUUUACAUUCAUGUAACUUUCAUCAAGAAAUGGGACAUUUGUGCCGGUAAUGCAAUAUUGAAUGCUCUUGGUGGUCACAUGACUACACUUAAAGGUGAAGAAAUUAUUUAUACAGGAUCGGAUGGGAAUGAAGGUGGAAUCCUAGCCAGCAUUGGAAUGGACCAUGAUGCACUUGUUCAAAAAUUAGCUGAUAAAAUUCCAUCCAGUGGAAAGAAAUCCCCACAGUAACAAGUACAAAACUAUACCGACUAUGGUCGGUGCAUACGAAGACUGAGGCCAGUGCAUGUUAAUGCAGUUUGGUAUGUGUACUUUUGGAGACAUUAAAGAAGAUUUUUUUUUUUUCUACUGUAUUAUUCAAGAAAUAGCACCCUAUUUGCAACAUGUCUCACUGAUUUGAAACGCUAAACGUGGUCAGUAUUGGAUUUAUAAAAUGUAUGUGAGUGAAAUCAAAUUGUAAAUUUACAAAGAGGAGUACGUUUUAAAAGGUGUGUGUGUGUGUGUGUAUAUAUAUAUAAAAAGAAUUUUAAAAAGAAUUUACUUAGAUUUAAGUAAAUAAGUGUUUCAAGAUAUUUUUCCACUUCCGCCUUCCCGUUAACUCAAUGAGAAUAAAAAAAAAAAAAAAAAACAUUGUGCCUUGUUGAAUUUUCUCACAUAAAAUUAUGUAUUUUUAGUUUGUGCUUUUUUUAUUAUUUUUUUGGGUGGUGAUAGACUUCUUUCACUUUUACAAUUUGCUUUAGAUGGAAAUAGUAUCCAGUGUGUAACUUAUUUGUUUUGUCCUUAUGCUGCACAUGCUAACAAAGUAUAUAUUAGUUUCUUUUUUUUUUUUUUUCUUCUUCUUCUUCUAUAGGGUAAAUGUUAUUGUAGUUAAAAUGUGAAUGUAUGGUAUAAAAUCAUUGCAGUGGCAGAAUUACAAGAGUACAUUUCAAGAUAUGAAGGUCAAUUACAUGUAACAAAAUAGGGUUAAACUCAUUGUUUAAUUUGCAUACAGUGUUUCACAAAGGCUGGUGUGCCAAGAACUUGUAAAACCUUUUUUUUUCCCCCCUGCUCUAAUAUCCUUAGCAAACAUUCACACUGUAUACAUUAUUUAAUUUCUUUAAUAUUGCCAUAGGGUUUUUUUUUUUAAAUUAAUAUAGUCUUAUCAAAUCAUGCAAUUAAAAUGCCCAACUAUAUGUAGCACUACACUAAAAAUAUAAUUAAUUACAAUAAUGGAGGCUAAUACAUGAACUAUUUAAAGUGCUACCUGCUAGCAUGUGACAUUUAUGACACUUUUGACAAAGACAGGGAUGCUGAAGCAAAUAUAUCGAACAAUUAUAGUUUGCUUUUAUAGCCAUAGCUUUGGACAAAGCAGUUGAAUUAUAUUUUAAUAUUUGAAAGUUUGACACUGCUUGUUUUGCUAUGUGCCAAAGAGCUCUAUUUGGUACAUAAUCAUAGGUACGGUUAUUUUUUUUUUUUUCUGGCAAAUUAUCAGAAGAUGGCCUUGGUAAAUGUGUUUCACAGUGAAUUUUCAAAGACCAAAUGAGUUCUUCUGGGAAUUCAUAAUAUUUUACAUUUUGUUAUUUACUUCCUAGUAAGAGGGAACUUUUUUAAAUUAAUAACAUUUUUGUUAAAUAUUUUCAAGUAAUCUGAGAUUUAAGGAUUACCACGUAAACAUUUAAGUUUAAUUAGUCCUUUUUGUUUAUUUAAUUGGUUUACAGCCUGGUAUUUUAGGAAGAAAACUGUAGAAAUAAUGUGCAAUAUUGUGUGGAAUUGCAAAUCAUACCAAAAGUAAUAUUUGUCAUGUGUUUUCUAAUAAAAGUAAAGGAAACUUGCUACCUAUUACCUUAUAGUAAAUUAUCGAUUCUUCAAACUACCUUCUCUGCAAUAAAAAAAAAAAACAGUCUUUAA